CAUGCCCCCAGAACACGGUUUCCGCAAUGGAGGAUGCUGCAACCAAUUCACCAGCCCUUCAGCACCGCAGCAGACCAAGCCACCUUCGACAUGAUCUCGCGCUACAAGGAACGGCCAUGGGAAUACCUGGAGAGCGAAGAGUACAUCGAGCGAUACGGCAAUCAACCGGUGUGGGCUGACUAUCGCAGAAACCAAGGUGCAAUCCCACCUCAGAAGACCAGGGAAACCUGCAUAAGGGGAGACAAGAUCAGCGGCAAUCCCUGUCCCAUAUGUCGAGACCCAAAGAUCCAGGUUGACUACAGGAACGUGAGGCUCCUGGAGCAGUUCAUUUGCUCACACUCCGGUGAACCCUACCAUCCCACCAGAACUGGAGUAUGUAUGAAACAGUUCAAGAACUUGACCAAAGCAAUCCAGGAUGCUAAGGAUCACGGUUUGCUCAAGUUCCAAGUGCCCUGCGUUGAGAUCCGACUGGAGGAUUAUUGCGGCUCCCACGGUGCUGUGGGCAAAACACCACCUCCCCCUCAGCUGGAGGGGCCUUGGUACAGCUGGUACCAGUGGCAGGCACCACCCGAGAAGGAGGUUGCUCGCAUUCGACAGAUGUACAAACCCUUCCUGAAGGAAAAUGUCAUUGAAGCCUCCAAGUAAAACAACAUGACUUUCAAAAUGACUCCACCAGUACGUGUGACCACAACCACAGGACUGGAGUAUGGCAGCCAAGAUAUGUUAAAGUUUUUCAAUAAAAUGUGAAUGAAG